AUUCGUUGUAAGCAUGUUUGUACCACACUGAGCUCCAGUGUUUGGCUUGGCUUGACAAGUUUCUCCGGACGACCAUGGGGGUAGGAGUGUGUUGCUAGUUGACACAUCAGUACGAAGUUGCAGCCUACUUUGCGUGUGUUUCUACUACACUUGGGAUCUGACAUUUUUUGUGCAGAUGUAGGGAUGCGAGACUUUUGAGAUUCUCUCUCCUGAGCGCGAUUAAACACCCAUUCAAGUCUUAACAUUGGAGAGCCACACAACAGGAAAGAUGAACAGUCUGUCUUUUGACGAUCCUUCGCUGGAUAAUCUGGAUCCAACGUUGUCGCUGAAUGAUCCCAGCGAAAUUGACACAGCUCUCUUAAGCGACAUUGACGACAUGCUACAGCUCAUCAGCAACCAGGACAUGGAGUUUGGAGGGCUGUUUGAUAACCCUCCAUACACAGCACCACCUCCUACCCAAGAGCUUCCUGGUCUGACCCAGCCCAUCACCUUCUCCCCUCCAGCCACCACAACCACACCUCCAUCAUCUUCUUCCAUCCUGAGCAGUAGCCCCCACCUGGAUGCACUACUCGGUCCUCCCAUCACACGUAGUUCCUCCACCCCAGAUAAGACCUAGCCUCCCACAUUUCAGCAGUCCCCCCUGGCACAGGUGCCCAACACCACCCUGAAGCAGCAGCAGCAGCCACCUUCGCCGCAGCAGGCUUCAACCCUGAGGCUGCCCAAUGUGGAGCAGCCCCAACCCACUCUCACUCUGGCUGCCCCAGCCCAGGCAGCUUCACCUCUCAGCUCAUCAGGACCGAACCUAGUUUUCAGCUCCACGCCGCAGGCCCUCUUUACCUCGGCAGCACCGCAAACUCCUCCCCAGACACAGACUCAGCCACAGCUUCAGGUCCAGGUUCAGCCCCAACAGGCCAGGAGCAACUUCAGCAGUCAGAACGGCUUCACAGCUGUCACCCCCAACACCGUGAGCCAACCUGUUGUCAGCUUAUCAUCCUCACCACCAAGUAUUCAGCCAGUAACCAUCCAGGCCCAGAUCCAGGGGCUGACCACCACCUCCCCUCUCCUGCCCACGACAAUGAGCACGCCAGUUCAAGCCAUCGCACCCCACGUGCAACAAGUACCUGUGUUGCUGCAGCCCCAGUUCAUCAAGGCGGAGUCUCUGCUGUUGACAACUCUGAAGCAUGACCCCUGCAUUGUGACGACGAUGGCCUCUCCUACAUCCCUGGCCUCUACUACAACAGCACAGAGCACUUCAUUGCAGGCUUUUAUGGGCAGUGGCACCAUCCUGACCACAGUACCUGUCAUGGUGGAUGCAGAGAAGCUCCCUAUAAACCGCAUCGCCAUCAGCGGCAAGCCCAUCGGCCAGCCGCACAAGGGAGAGAAACGCACGGCUCACAAUGCCAUCGAGAAGCGCUACCGCUCCUCCAUUAACGACAAAAUCCUCGAACUCAAGGAUCUGGUGGCUGGCACUGAGGCCAAGCUCAACAAGUCAGCAGUUCUUAGGAAAGCUAUCGACUUCAUCCGCUACUUGCAGCAGUCCAACCAGAAGCUCAAGCAGGAGAACAUGGCUCUGAAAAUGGCAGCCCAGAAAAACAAGUCUCUCAAAGACCUGGUUGCCAUGGAGGUGGAUGGGCCGGCUGAUGUGAAGACAGAACUGCCCACCCCACCAGCCUCUGACGUGGGCUCCCCCUCCUCCUUCUCGCACUGUAGCAGUGACUCAGAGCCGGAUAGUCCAAUGGUGGAGGACACCAAGCCGACUGUGGGCGUUCCAGACAAAUCAGCUGCAGGAGGUGGUGCUGGCGGGAUGUUGGACCGAUCCCGUAUGGCCCUUUGCACCUUCACCUUCCUCUUCCUGUCCCUCAACCCUCUGGCUGCUCUGCUCUGCUCCUCUGGAAGUAGCUUAGCAGGGAGUGCUGCAGCUACUGCCUCCCAUCCCGGAGGAAGGAACGUCCUUGGGCUGGACAUCACAGCAGACUCGUGGGGCUGGAUGGACUGGAUGCUGCCGACUAUUCUGGUGUGGCUGCUGAAUGGUAUCCUGGUGUCAGGGGUUCUGAUACGACUGUUGGUAUACGGAGAGCCAGUAACCAGACCACACUCUGGAUCCUCUGUCCUGUUCUGGAGGCACCGCAAGCAGGCUGACCUGGACCUAGCAAGAGGAGAUUUUGCUCAGGCCAGUCAGAACCUGUGGACCUGUUUGAAGGCUCUUGGUCGUCCGUUACCCAUCUCCCAGUUGGACCUGGCCUGUGCCGCACUCUGGUCCCUGUUAAGGUUCUGCCUCCAGCGUGUGUGGGUGGGCCGCUGGCUGGCUGCCAAAGCUGGAGGACUGCGAUCAGAUCGCCCUCUGCAGGAGGACGCCUGCAAGAGCAGCCGUGACGCCGCCCUGGUUUACCACCGUCUGCACCAGCUGCACAUGACAGGUAAGCUGAAUGGCAGCCACCUGUCAGCUGUGCACAUGGCUCUGAGUGCAGUGAACCUGGCAGAGUGCGCUGGCUCCUGCCUGCCCGUGGCUUCUCUAGCUGAAGUGUACGUCUCUGCAGCUCUACGGGUCAAAGCCAGCCUGCCAAGGAUCCUGCAUUUCACAUCUCGUGUGUUCCUGAGCAGUGCCCGCCAGGCCUGCCUGUCAUCCAGCGGCAGCGUGCCUCCAGCAAUGCAGUGGCUCUGUCACCCACUGGGCCACCGCUUUUUUGUGGAUGGUGACUGGGCCAUUCGCAGCACUCCUAAAGAAAGCAUCUACAGCCAGGCUGGCAACACUGUCGAUCCUCUGGCCCAGGUGACUCAGGCGUUCAGAGAACAUCUCCUGGAGAAGGCUUUGUACUGUGUGGCCCAGCCUUGUGGAGAGAAAAGCCCCAACCAGGGCGAGGGGGAGUAUGCUGAUGCUCUGGAGUACCUCCAGCUGCUCAUCAGUGCAUCAGACGCUGCAGGUGCCACAUCACAGUCCUUCGCCAUCGGCUCUAAUAUGGCUACUGUGACUGGCUGUGACCCCCACUCCAAGUGGUGGUCCUCAGUUGCUGUGGUGAUCAUCAAUUGGCUCCAAGGAGAUGAUGCUGCAGCAGAGAGACUGUAUCCCACCGUUGAGCACCUGCCCCGCAGUCUUCAGAACGCAGAGAGUCUUCUGCCCAAGGCGUGUCUGAACACAUUCAGGGCGGUGCGAGCCCUGCUGUCCAAGCCGGAGAACUGCCAACAGAGUCUGAGCUACAGCGACAAGGCCAGCGCCCUGCUUCGAGACAGCCUCAACCUGGGACCACACUGCCACAGCUCAAGUUUAGACAAGGUUGUCCAGUUGCUUUUGUGCGACCUCCUGCUAGUUAUGAGGACCAAUGUGUGGCGUCUUCAGCAGCAGCAAGGUGUCGGUCCUGCUGGGCCCGGUUCAGUCGGUACCAGCGGCCCAGCGGGGCUCCACCAGGCCUCGCCGCCGGAGCUCCAAGGCUUCCAGCAAGAUCUCAGCUCCCUACGCAAACUGGCGCACAGCUUCAGGCCUGCAAUGAGAAGAUUGUUCCUUCAUGAAGCUACAGCCCGGCUGAUGGCGGGGGCCAGUCCCACCCGCACACAUCAGCUACUGGACCGCUCACUGCGACGCAGAGCAACGCCUGGCGCCAAGACAGAAGAGUGCGAGACGAGGCCCGGCCAGCGGGAGCGCGAGGCUGUGAUGCUGGCGUGCCGCUACCUCCCUCCCUCCUUUCUGUCGGCUCCGGGCCAAAGGGUGGGCAUGCUGGCGGACGCAGCCCGCACCCUGGAGAAGCUGGGAGACAAGAGGACCCUCCACGACUGCCAGCAGAUGAUCAUCAAGCUGGGCAGCGGCACCACCGUCACCAACAGCUAAAGGGACUGGAGGACGGGGGGAGGGGCGGAGAACCAUGCAUGGACACAGUAUAUGGAAACAUCAUUGACAAACAAAAAGACACUGAAAAGAAACCCUGCAGAAAACACAACCACACAGGCUCUGGUGUUUUGGUGUGCAGCUAUUGAACAGAUUUAUUAAACUUCUACAUUUUCAUAUCAAAUUAUCAGGAUCUUCUUUAAGGAUCCACAACCCCACAACCCCACAACCCCACAACCCCACAAACCCCACAUCAGGAGGCACUUGUAGAGUUCACACUCUUGUUGCUGUGGAUUUUUACCAGAUUAUAAGAAGCAUUUUCCCUCCUCCCAUGCUGAACCCUCUCUUGAGGAUGCAUUGCAGUGCCACAGUUUGACCACAGAGAGGAGCCAUCACAGCUCAGAGUGAAUGAUGUAUGUGUGAGCUAUGACAAAGAAUACUUCCCCUGAAUUUAUUCAACAAACUCCUGCCUCCCCUUAAUCUUCUUGACAUAAAUGCACCUUUUUUAAGGCGGUGAGCUCAGUCUGCUGGAGUGUCGGGCUGUUCUGAUUGGCUGCAGAGGGACAUGUCUCUUAUUUGUGGGAGGAAGACGACCAAAUUCGGACUCGGUCGCUUUCAGACCUCAAGCUUGUUCAGUGGGAAGCCGCUCCGCAGGUUUUGAAUGAUGUGAACGUUAAUUAGAAACAUGUCUUACUGAUAGUCUGAGGCUCAGAGGGCCAAUGCACAUGCUCUGUGACUUCCAUGCACUAGCCCUACGAGGCUGAUUUCAAUGAGAUGAGUAAAAAGAUAGCUUUAUGAGUUAAUUUUCAUUCAUCAGAGGUUGUUUUCCUUUCUUAUUUUGCUGUGUACAUAUUUUAAAAUGUAUUUAUAAUCUGUAUGAACGUGGAUUAAGCAGUAUUUUGCAUAAGCAGAGUGAUAAAUGCUUUUUUUGUUCCCUUUAAUAUGUUUUGUUUGGUAGCUUCCGACCAGGCCCAAAUGAUGAAGUUACUUCACUACUGCCAUGGCCGUACAUGUCAAACGGAGAAUGCAUCAUGUUAGUUGCAUCACUCAGUCUGACUCAGUUGACCUUUUGCACUGUUGCACACAUGAGCAACUAUGGUACCAUAAGGACUGGCAGUGUCCAAAAAAAGAAAGCGAUAACUCCCACAGUGACAUGAACCUUUGGCACUUUUUCCAUCAAGUUAAAGGGUUGUGCAAACAUUUCAAAAUAUUAAAUGACUGUGAUUGUUUCCAAAGAAGGCCUGUAGUGAAAUUUCAGUGUUUCCUUUGUAGCUUCAACAUAAAGAGCAAUAUUUGCUCUUUCAGUCAUUAUAGUUUAAUACGCAUACAGAACCACAAUUCAUGUUUUUUUUUAGAGGACUGUAAAAAGUAAAACAAGACUUCAGCAUGUUUUUCUUCAAGGACCAGUAUGUUUUUACGGUGUGUCACUAAUGUGAAAGACUGAAAGUGAUCAGAAUGAGACGAAUGAGAUGUAACCAUGUUUAAAGGUAUUAUUCAUGUGUCCUUUUGAUCGACACCUUUUCAUCUCUUCCUUGUUCUUUACUUUCAACCUUUUAUGAUGUAAAUAUUAAAGCAUUUUGUAAAGAAGGAUA